UCAAAAUGAAAAACUGAAUCUAAAACUAUCAGCCAAACUGUAUCCAGAACUGAUACAGUGACAUACACCUGAAUAAUGGAGCUAUAAUGAAGACAAAUGCUGGUUUGAACCUUUGAUAUGAUGAGCAGGGUUCACGUCGAAGGUAAUGAUGCUUGAAAACUAAAAAAAUCAUUUAUUUAUAUGUAACACACAUAAAGUGGGGAUAGCCUUUUGGGAAAUAGAGAUUGGGUAGGCGGGGUAGUCUGCCUGGCCAAUGGGAAGUUUGAUUCCCAUGAAUGUUUAGACCAAUCAGAGAGCGGAAUGCCACAGAGGCUCCACCUUCUUUCCCAUGUUGGCAGCAUUGAUUGUGAGCGGGAGAUCCAACCCUGAUCAGACAGCUGAGCCAGACGCAUCAGCCAUGGCCCCCACUCUCGUUCAGGCCUACAGGAGGCGCUGGUGGAUGGCGGUGACGGCGGUGAUUGAAAACCUUCUGUGUUCGGCCGUGUUGUUGGGAUGGGGCUCUCUUCUCAUCAUGCUGAAGAGGGAGGGCUUCUACUCUCACCUGUGCUCAGGAAACAGCUCAGUGGUCCUGCAUCCUAAAAACACCACAGAAGGUGCACACGACUGGGUGUUCUGUGUGGAACAGGAAGAGAUGCUAAAUCUUGGAUUCACCAUCGGCUCCUUCCUGCUCAGCGCCACGACCCUGCCGCUGGGCAUCCUGAUGGACAAGUUCGGCCCACGUCCAAUUCGGCUGGUCGGCAGUUCCUUAUUUGCUCUGUCCUGCAUCAUCAUGGCUGGUUCUGCUUACAACACUCACGAUCUGUCGGCGCUCAUCUUCUUAGCUCUCUCGCUGAACGGCUUCGGAGGAAUUUGUUUGACCUUCACCUCCAUCACGCUCCCCAACAUGUUUGGUUCUCUGAGCUCCACCAUCAUGUCGCUGAUGAUCGGCUCCUACGCCUCCUCGGCCGUCACUUUCCCCGGCGUCAAGCUGAUCUACGACGCAGGCUUGCGGUUCCAUGUGAUCAUGUGGAUGUGGGCGGGUCUCGCCGGGUUCGUUUUUAUUAACUGCUUCUGCAACUGGCCCUCAGAAGGCUUCCCAACUCCAGACGAGGUUGACUACAGUAAGAUUCUCAUGACGCAAGAUGAUCCAUUAUCUGAGCAGAAGGCUGUAGGGAAGAGACUGAACGAGAAAAACGGAGACGUCCGACAUUCCACGGAGAAGCUUCCCAAUGGACCCGACACUGCACCAAAUGCCGUUCCCUUCCGGCGGUCUGUGUUCUCCCCCAUCUUCCUGUGGAGUUUGGUCACGAUGGGGAUGACCCAGCUGAGGAUCAUCUUCUUCAUGGGAGCAAUGAAUAAAAUGCUGGAGUUCAUGGUGACCCAGGGAAAAGAACACCCACGACCCGAUAAGCUUGAGGCAGAAAACACAGUGAGUUACUACGCCUCCAUCUUUGGCACGCUGCAGUUGCUGUGUCUGGCGACGUGUCCUCUGAUUGGCUACAUCAUGGACUGGAAGAUGAAGGAGUGUGAAGAGGAGAAGUGUCCCUCUACCGGGAUAGUGAAGAGAGCCAAAAGAGACCGUAAGAUCCAGAAAGUGACCAACGCUAUGAGAGCCUUCAUCUUCACCAACAUCCUUCUGAUCAUUUUUGGAAUCUGUAACCUCGUGGAUAAUCUGCCUCUCCAGAUUUUGACGUUCAUCCUCCACACGAUGGUCCGAGGAUUCAUCCAUUCCUGCUGCGGAGGCCUCUACGCUGCUGUCUACCCGUCCAACCACUUCGGUACACUGACAGGCCUCCAGUCCAUGAUCAGCGCGGUGGUCGCGCUGCUGCAGCAACCGCUCUUCAUCAUCAUGGUAACACAUCUUCAAGGGGACGCCUACCAGAUCAACCUGGGCCUUCUGAUUUGCUCGUUCACCGGCUUCCUGCUGCCGGGUUACCUGUUUUACCACCGCAGAAACCUGCUGAGGGAGCAGACGGCCAGAGACAACCAACCUGCCAUUCAGGAGAUGGAAGCUCUCAAGUCCACCGAAGCCAACGGCUUCAACAAGCCUCACAGCAACGGCAACGCUUAGACAGAUGCUUAGACAGCAGCAGAGCAGAAAAUUAUGGGUCAUUUUAAGCAUGAGGCUGCAGAAUGGACACCAGAUUUUUUUUUUUCUCAUCGAGAAAAAUGUGUUUUUAUCGACAUACAGUAGAAACCAGAAGCUAACAUACACUGAGGAGAGAGACAUACACGCUUUAUCUCACUGCCUGAAGUUAAAUCAGACCAAAAUCCUUGUUCCGUUAGAAUCACCUACAGGAUUUGUAUUCGCUAAACGGCGCAACAAUGACAGAGAAAAAUGUGUCAGAUUUAUGAUCAAUGUCUUCAAAAGUAAGAGUUUGCAGAUAGAAUUAUCACUACAUCUUUAAACAACAAUAAAAAGCCCGGAUGAUGAUGUCAUGGCUUGGGAGACAUCUGAUAGGUUGUCUGACAUAUUUAAGUGGAUGUACUGUAAGGCCUCCAGCUGGUUUCUGGUUGACAUGAGAAAGUUAAAAGAAAUCAGCUAAAAUAUUUGAUAAAUUCUUUCUCUACUUAUUGUGACGUUUAGCAUGUAGAUAUAUUGAUAAUCGAGACUGACCUAACACUCGAGACAUCUGAUCCGAUUUAACUUUAAGCAUUCUUUCAUUCAGUGUAUAUAAACUUCUGGUUUCAACAGUAUUAUUUUUCUUUUUUAGUCAUUGCUUGUGCUUGUUUUGCCUGCCACAAACAAGCUUGUUUUGUUACAAGUCAGAAUUUCUUAUUUGGAGAGCCGUGUCAUCAGUUGUUGUUGCUCUUUUAUUUAUUUGGAUUUAGAUCCAAGAGCCAAAUCAGUUUUCAACUCAAGCCAUAAACCUAAAGAUUAAGCAGAGGCAACGACAAACUGUGGAUAACACCAUACUUGAAGUAGUUUUCUGACAAUCAUUACUCACCUGCGAACACCAAAGAAACAACGAGGUUUUUAGGGCAGUUACAUGAUCUGAUCAGUAUUGUUUUUGUACUAUGCAGAAUGUUGUUUGUGCUUUUUCUACUGUAUUCCCAAAGUAAGAAGAAUCGAAGCAAAUCAGGAAAACGUAGAGCGUGCACCUAUCAAAGUAAGAAGGCUUAUGAGGCAUAUGAAGAAGAUUUUGUGAAUUUUAUCUGAGCCCAUCUGAUAAUUUGAACACAAAAAUGGCUGUAUGUUUAGAUACCACAUCUACCUCCUCCUGUUUUGUCCCAGUUUCAUUCACAGGUCAAUGAACUCUUUCAAUUAUCUGAUUUUUCUUCUUUUUCUUCAGAUAAAGACUAAAAACAUUGGAAUUUACUAAUGCUAAUGGUCAUUAGCAUUAUUGUUUCACUAAUAAUGCUAGAAUCCAUACAUGUUAUGUAAUAUAUAGGAACAAGUUUGUAUAGGAAAACGUGACUGACAGGGUGAUUCUGACACAGUGUGUGAACAGUUUUAAAACACUUUGUAUUGCUUUAUGCACAGAAAUUAUCUAGUGUGUGUAUGUGUAUGCAAGUGUGUUUUUAUACUUUAGCUGCAGUAGCAAUAAAAAGGGAAAUCUAUUUUGUAGAUGGAUCACUAUAAAAGUAGUCCAGAUGAUUCUAGCUCUAUGCAGCUUUUAUUUCUAUGGGUCUUGCAUCAACUUAGAAAAAAAAAUAUAUUUUGUAAAUACAACUGUGAUGUGGCUUGUUACUUUUAUAACAUUUUCAGCUUGUUUUACUAUAAAUAUUGGAGUGUGUAGCAUAGGAACAUAAGGAUACCCUGCUGUGCUUUUAGUCUGUUUCCUUGAUGUGAUUUCACAUCUGAUUUUAGCAUGAAAACUGUUUGUAGCAGGUUGUGUUCCCUUUGUGUCAGCAUAAGAAAAGUAAUGAUCCUAAAUGUAAACAAAAUGUAUUAUCUGUUUAUAUUACACAGAUGUAAGUUUUUGCCACUUUUUCCUCAUUUCUGAAGCAUGGUUUAUUCUCUGUACAAAAUAGUUUUGCUUUUUGUUUUGCUGUCACCUUGCCUUUCAAUAGAAGAACAUCUCUGCCAGUUUUCUCUGUAAACCAAAGCCAUUUUCCAUAAAUGUCCGGUUUGACGAUAACGCAGCAACUGACCUCAUGAGAACAGACUAAAUUCCUUUCCAGCAGUAAGUAUAAGUAAGUUACAUGUGGUCUUUUAAGUUGUGAUCUACAACUUAAACCAUAUUUAAAGACUUUACAGACAUCCCUCUGUACCGUUAGUUUUUGAUUUACAGAAUUCAUUUAGGUUAUUCAACAUUAUUUGGUAAAUAAAUGUACAAAUAAAACGUGCAGUAAAUGUGUCA